AUGCUAAGGUCUCUAAUUGAACUUGAAUUGUCAACAAACAAUCUCACAGGUUCAAUCCCUGCUUCUAUAGGGAACUUGACCAACUUGACCAUUCUAUACCUUUUUGAAAACCAACUUUCAGGAACCAUCCCCCAAGAUGUUGGCAUGCUAAGAUCUCUAAUUAAACUUGAUUUGUCAACAAACAAUCUUACAGGUUCAAUCCCUGCUUCUAUAGGGAACUUGGCCAACUUGACCAUUCUAUACCUUUAUAAAAACCAACUUUCUGGAUCCAUCCCCCAAGAUGUUGGAAAGCUAAGGUCUCUAACUGAACUGAGUUUAUCAACAAACAAUCUCACAGGUUCAAUCCCUGCUUCUAUAGGGAACUUGGUUAACUUGACCAUUCUAUACCUUCAUACAAACCAACUUUCAGGAUCCAUCCCCCAAGAUGUUGGAAUGCUAAGGUCUCUAACUAAACUGAGUUUGUCAAUAAACAAUCUCAUAGGUUCAAUCCCUACUUCUAUAGAGAACUUGGCCAACUUGACCAUUCUAUACCUUCAUACAAACCAACUUUCAGGAUCCAUCCCCCAAGAUGUUGGAAUGCUAAGGUCUCUAAUUGAACUUGAAUUGUCAAAAAACAAUCUCACAGGUUCAAUCCCUGCUUCUAUAGGGAACUUGGCCAACUUGACCACUUUAUACCUUUAUGAAAACUGUCUUUCGGGAUCUAUCCCUCCAGAAGUUGGAAUGCUGAGGUCUCUCAUUAAACUCAGUUUGUAUGCAAACAAUCUCACAGGUUCAAUCCCUCUUGAGUUAGGAAAACUAAACUCCCUAACUUAUUUCAAUUUGCGUGAUAACAAACUGACAGGCUCCGUUCCUUCAGAAAUGAACAAUCUUACGCAUUUGCAAAUCUUUGAUGUAAGCAAUAACAAGCUCAUAGGUCAUAUACUACCGCAUAUCUGCAUUGGAGGAUCACUUACCAAACUACUUGCAUCAAACAACUACUUAAUAGGUGAUAUCCCAAAAUUCUUGGGAAAUUGCAGUCAGUUACGUCGAGUUAGGCUUGAUCACAACCAACUCACUGGAAAUAUAUCUGAAAUUUUCGGGGUACUCCCAAACUUGGUAUAUAUCGAUCUGAGUUAUAAUAACUUUUAUGGUGAACUUUCUAAAAAAUUAGGGCAGUGCCAUAAUUUGACUAGUAUAAAGUUCUCCAACAAUAAAAUCUCGGGAAAUAUACCACUUGAGUUUGAAGGUGCAAGUCAGUUGCAACUACUUGACCUCUCUUCAAAUCAUCUAGAUGGAGAGAUCCCAAAGAGUUUAGGAAAGUUGGCCUUAUUGUUCAGUAUUUCUCUGAGUGAUAACAAACUUUCAGGCAACAUUCCAUUAGAAUUUGGCAGGCUAUCUAAUUUGGAAUAUCUAAACUUGGCGGCAAACAAUCUAAGUGGAUCAGUUCCAAUCCAAAUAGGGGAGCUUGUGAAACUAUGGAACUUGAAUUUGAGCAAAAAUCUACUCAGGGAGGAUAUUCCUUCUAAAAUAGGCACAUUACAGUUUCUUUGGAGUCUUGACCUUGGAAACAAUUUGUUUAAAGGUGAGAUUCCACAACAGAUUGGGGAAUUGCAAAGCUUAGAGACAUUAAAUCUAUCUCACAAUAAGCUGUCUGGUUCCAUUCCAUCCUCUUUUAAUGGGAGAUCAAAGCUUGCUUUCACAAUAAGAGUCAAUACUACUACAAAAUCAUAA